AUGGUCAUCACGUUAGAUAUGAUGAAGGCUUAUGAUAAAGUCUCAUGGCCCUUUCUCCUACAGGUGCUACGGUAUUUCGGAUUCAGUGAGACCUGGAUAGACAUGAUCUGGCGCUUAAUAUCGAAUGUGUGGUUCUCGGUACUUGUUAAUGGCGGUUUGCAUGGCUUUUUCAGAUCUUCACUAGGUUUACGGCAAGGGGAUCCCAUUUCACCAUCCUUAUUCGUUAUUGGAGCUGAGGUGUUGUCUAGAGCCCUUAACACGCUACACACACAAAGGGGAUUUACUCCGUUUGAAGUACCUCCUCAUUGUCCUAUAAUUACGCAUUUGGCAUUCGCCGAUGAUGUGAUUAUCUUUUCCAGUGGGGGUAAGUCAUCCCUACGUCUGAUUAAACGGGUUCUAGAUGAUUAUAGUGAGGCAUCAAGUCAGCAGAUCAACCCUCAGAAGAGUUGUUUCCUUACUCAUCCACGGGCACCAUCUCAGAGGACAGCGGUUGUUAACCAGAUACUGGGGUAUAAUAAACGAGUCUUUUCGAUACGGUACCUUGGUUGUCCCUUGUAUACCGGAAAAAGCAAGAAGGUUUACUAUACGAAUACAUACAUUGGGGAGGCGAAUCGGAUUUUGAGUUGGAAGAACCAGAUUUUAUCGCCAGGAGGCAAUGUGGUGUUAAUUCAGAGCGUGUUAGCCUCUAUGCCAAUUCACUUGCUGGCAGCCGCGUCUCCUCCAAAAGGGAUGUUGAUGGUCAUAGAGAAAUUGUUCGCCAAGUUCUUGUGGGGAUCUUCGAAUUCAGGGGACAAGUUCCAUUGGAUACGUUGGGCAGAUCUAUGUCGGUCGAAGGAUGAAGGGGGUGUAGGCCUACGGGGGUUGAAGCAGGUCUACGACUCAUUUUUCAUUAAACUCUGGUGGAAAUUUCGGCAACAACAAUCAUUAUGGGCAAAGUUUAUGUCCCAGAAGUAUUGCGCAGGCCAGCACCCUUGUCUUGCUGAUAUUGGGCAUCGGGGAUCCCAAGCUUGGCAGAGGAUGGUCACAAUGCAGCGUUUUGGAGAGGAGAAUAUUAGUUGGGUAGUUCGGGAGGCUUUGGAUUUUUGGCAUAAUAAUUGGAUGGGGUCAGGUGCGCUUUACGACAAGGUGGAGGUCUUUUAUGAUCAUUCGGUGGUUGAUUUUAUAGAUCGGCGGGCCUGGAAUGUGGACAUGCUCCAUCAAUUCUUGGAUGGAGAAUUGGUUAGGCAGGUUUUGGAGAUUAACCCUCCUACCGAUAGGGGCAAUGAUACAAUGGUAUGGGCAUUGACGAACUCGGGUGUUUUUUCCACUGUAUCGGCUUACUCAUUAAUCCGUCAAUCCAAUGACAGCUCUUGGCUUUUUGGCCAUAUAUGGCAGCAGGGUCUUCCAGUCAAGGUUUCUUUCUUUAUGCUGCGACUACUACAGGGGAGGCUCCCUCUUAUGGAUCGCCUAAAGAGGUUUGGGGUUUGUGGCCCAUCUAAAUGCUUGUGUUGUCAGAAUCCCCAAGAGGAGGACUUGAAUCAUGUGUUUUGCUCAGGAGAAGGGGCACGAUUGGUCUGGCGUCACUUCGAGAGUACUGCUGGUGAGUUUAGUGGGGUGCAUACGGUUUUGUGGAAGGUUAGGAAUGAAGGGGUGUUUGAAGAUCAAAAGAUGAGGAUCGGGGUUAUGUGUUCUACCCCUACUUGGGAAGGGUUGCUUCUCGAUUUGGGUAGUCAUCAAAGGCGGAUGGUUAUUAGGCCAGUUUACUGGAUUGUUCAAGGGACUAGUGCUUGUCCUUGGCGUUUACAGAGAGAUCUGGAUGAGUUGAUGAUGUUCAAGCAGUAUUUCAACUCGAUCACACACUGCUACAGGGAAGCAAACGCACCAGCAGAUCGUCUGGCAAAUUUUGGUGCUGACUCUAGCGCAGGUCAUGUGUUUAAUACAUUCUCAGAAUUGCUGCAAUUGGUUCAGAAUUUGUUUCCAAAGAAGGGUGGUAAUUCCAGGGAUAGGACCCGCGGUCCAUUUUUUUCACGCAGCUCUGUCCUGUCUGGCAUGGGCACGCCAGAGAAGGCCUAG